GGGUGGGGCGGGGCGCGCCUGCGCAGUGUGGGCAGCGGCGGGCUGCAGUCGAGGCGCCGGGCGGGCGCGGAGCCGGUGGCGGAGCGCGGCGCGGCUGUGGGAAAGGUGCGGGGGGGAGGCCCCGCCGCCCUCCGGGACUCAGCCGAGCAUGGAGCGGCGGCCACCGGCUGCGGUCGCUGGCCUAGGCAGCGGGAUGCGCCGCCCGCCGCACUGAAGGCGGCGGCGAGCCCCGAAGCGAAACGAGCCCCGCGGCCGGGUGUGAGCGCGACUGAGGCGGCGGCGGCGGCGGCGGCGGCUCCUCCCGGCGGCGGCGGCGGCUCCUCCCGGCGGCCUCCUCGGUGCCGGCGCGGGGCUGUGCAGCGAGGGUGCCGCGGCGCCGCCCCCGCCUCCUCCCCUUCCCUCGCUCGGUGCGGGCAGAGGCGAGCGGGCGGCAUGAGCGCGGCGCCCUGAGGGGCCGGCGGAGCGGGGCUCACCCCGAGUAGCCUCCCCCGGGGGUGCCGCGACCGGCGGAUCGGACUCGGCUGGGAGCUGCUGUGACUCCCCUGGCUCCUCCCAUGGCAUGAGCCCGUGCUCUCCUCCCCUCACGCCGCCUGUUUUCGGUCUUUCUCCGCUGCCGGGCUGUCAGAUGGGAUAAAAUACACCCGAGCGUGCGGGGCUCGGGCGGCGGAGGCAACCGGUGACGGCCGUCGGGAGUCGAAGAUGAGCUGGCGGUGGGCUCGCCAGCACCGGAACGGCGGCUCCUCCGUCCUGCUGCUGCUGCUGCCGCUGCUGCUGCUGUGGCACGGCCGGGUCGGCGCCGAUAACGCCAGCCAGGCGUACUACACCGCCCUCAUCAACGUGACGGUGCUGAGCCCCGAGCGGGGCGGCCCCACGCUGCUGCGCAUCGACCGCGGGCGCUAUGGGCAGGACUCCCCCAAGGUGGAGGUGAAGGGGCUGCUGGUGGCUCCCGUCCCCAUCAACGGAGUUGCAGAUCGUCUGGGCUGUGACCCUCGAACACGUUUCCAAGUUCCACCGAACACCAAGCAGUGGAUCGCUUUGCUGCAGCGAGGAAACUGUACCUUUAGAGAGAAAAUACUGCGAGCAGCUUCACAUAAUGCCACAGCCGUGGUCAUUUACAACAAUAUAUCCAGUGAAGAACCUGUCACGAUGACUCAUCAAGGAACUGGAGACAUUGUUGCUGUCAUGAUUACAGAAUCAAAGGUUAAGGAGAUCCUGAAUUACUUGGAAAAGAAUAUCUCUGUCCUGAUGGCAAUAGCAGUGGGGUCCCGUGUUCCUCCAAAAAACUUCAGUCGGGGCUCUCUAGUCUUUGUGUCAAUAUCAUUCAUUGUUUUGAUGAUAAUUUCUUCAGCAUGGUUAAUAUUUUACUUCAUCCAGAAGAUCAGGUACACAAGUGCACGUGACAGGAAUCAGCGUCGUCUUGGAGAUGCUGCCAAGAAAGCCAUUGGUAAAUUGACAACCAGGACAGUAAAGAAGGGUGAUAAGGAAACAGACCCAGACUUUGAUCAUUGUGCUGUCUGCAUUGAGAGUUACAAGCAGAAUGAUGUUGUUCGCAUUUUACCAUGCAAGCAUGUUUUCCACAAAGCCUGUGUGGAUCCAUGGCUUAGUGAGCACUGUACGUGUCCAAUGUGUAAACUGAACAUUUUGAAGGCACUGGGAAUUGUGCCAAAUGUGCCAUGUACAGAUAACGUAGCCUUUGACAUGGAAAGGCUCAGCAGAGGCCAGCCAGCCGGCCGGCGGUCAGCACUUGGCGAUUUUGCCAAUGACAGCUCUCUCAGCCUGGAGCCCCUGCGCACCUCCGGGAUGUCACAGCUGCCCCAGGACGGAGAGCUAACGCCAAGGUCAGGAGAGAUCAACAUUGCUGUGACAAGCAGUCACUUCUUUCAUCGUAACUCUCUGUCCCCUCGAAGCCUGGUCUACGAGAGCGAGUUCUCAGCCAUCGAGCCCGCCUUGGACAUGUACGACGAGAACAAAACCUGAAAGGAAUCCAUGCUCCUUCCUGGCCCUCUUUCCGUUUUUUUCAUUUCUCAUUCCUAUUGUUGUGUACUCUUUCCAUGGAUCUCCUUUGUCUGAAGAAGAGCUGCUUUUUCCAGAACACGAACCCGCCUUCUCGAUUGCAAAGACGGAAGACCGGCUGUGGUGGUUUCUGAGGGUGGCAUCUUUGAGCUGACGAAGAGUUGCGGGCAAGCAAGGUUGUCUGAUGGAAAUUGCUGAGUAACAGCAUGGGGAGCUGUGUCGGUCCAGCCGCGGCGAUGCAGAAGAGGUUUUACGGUGGUCCUAAGAGUUUGUGUUGUAACUGCAAAUGCCUCUCUUACACAGGCGUCUGCUGUUUCCAGUUUUUUUAAUUGUCCAGAUGGUUGGGCAAUGUCAGAAAGGGAACUGGUUGUAGAGGAGAUGGCCAGUGACUGGUAAAAGCACUCGUAUAUCUCGGUCAACCCAUAACCUUACUGUGAAAUAGCCCCUUCUGAAAGGGACCUUUAUAAGUGCAUUGAGUUUCCUACAACCCGCGUAACCCCGGGCAAUAGCGAGCCAGUCUGACGUUAAAGCUGCAGAGAGGACCUGCGUUUGCAGAGAGAUUUCAAGGAACUUGAUGCUUGGGUUUUUUUCUCCAAUGCGAUUGAAACAGGAGAAAAAUGGCCUACACAGAAUAUCCUUUUGGUCCUUCCGUGUGCUCAAGUCGAGUGAGUCUCUUUCUGUAGAGAGGACGUUCACAGAACCAGCACUUGAUCUACCUGAAAACCAUUAGACUUUUUGAAAUAUGCAGGAAUCUAAUUAGCUUUCUCACUUAACUUUGGGGGGCGGGGGGGGAGGGGUUAAAAAAAGUCCACUGAUUUUUUCACUGAGGUUUUUUAAAAGCCAGCAUGUUGGCAUUACAGAGAAGAAAAGAGGUAAGCUUCUUAUCCCGUUCUCCCAUUGGGAUCUGCAACAGUUAAAUAACAAACACAUUCUCUGAGCCGUGCCCUUUCCCACUGACAUCAAUAACGGGAAUGCAGAAAGCAGCAGAAGAAAGGAAAGCAGCAACCGCUUUGACGCUCUGCAGGAAAACUCAGUUUUUAGCGGUGUGUGGCAAAAGCGGCGGGGAAAUGAGUAUUGCUUGCAAGCUUCUGAAAGAGCAAUGCAGAAACGGAGAGCGAGAGAGGAGCCUCUGGAGUUAAGUCGUCCACGGCGUUCCUCAAAUGAGCAGACGUGGAGGAGCGAGCGCUUCUGCUCCACCUUUUCCUACCGGACAAUGCAUCGCCGUUUAAUGAAUGUUCGGCUUUUUUCUCCAUUGCAGUCUGAGUUACCGUAGGUGUAGAAACGCAUUUGUGUCCUUGUAACGUGAAACAAAGCUUCACCCUCUGUGUAGGAAUCUUGAGAAAUCAGUUAAGCCAAAAAGAAAGGUAAGACAUACCCUGCCACGCUUUAAUUCCAUCCGCUUUUGCUACAAGCGGGGGAAUUUUCCCUCCUUUAUUAUGUUUUCUAAUUGUAUAGCAGUCUGCUUACGUAUAUCCUUACCUGAAGUGUGGUUCAGCUGUCUCUUUAACACAGAUGUUUAAGAGAAAAAGAAAAACCCAGCUCUGUAAAAUGAGGAAAUGAUCCUCUUUGCCGGGCGUGCUUUGACUUUUGUUGCUGUGCGUCAGCUUUAUUUAAUCUGAUAAUUCAGGAGUGGGUGGUGGGAGGCUUUUCUCAUAAUACCCACGUUCGUAUUUACCGAAUGCGCUUUUAUUGUCAUUCAGCUCGCUCUAGAAAUACGCUGAGGCCCCCAACUUUUUAAGAGCACAAUUUCAACGCCCCCUUUCUCCUGGUGAAGUGGCUUUCUCCAGAAGUGAAGGUCGCAGAAAAUGCCAGCCGGUGGCUGGAGCGGCAGCGGGUCGCGGCCGGCAUCCUUCCUCUCCUUGCGGAUGUGCGAAGCAGGGGCAGCUCCCGGCGAGCCGGGGCACAGCUCCUCAGCCCAGCUCCUACGGGGCCGGUACAGGGCUCGGGGGGGUGGCAGAAGGGCUGAUUGAGCAACCCCUGUUUUCGUAAUUACAUCCACUGAGAUGCCAGCAGGCGGGCACGUGAGAGUGGGGGACUUCUGAAAACAAGCACCCAAGAGAAAAAAAAAAUAAUCACCACCUUUCAGGGAUGUUAUAGGGCUUGUUUUGAGCCGUGGCGGGCAGUCGGGUCGCGAUAAACUGACAAACCCCUGGGUGUUGAUGGUUAAAUACAAACCGCCUGCCCUGGGCCGUGCGCCCCGGCCACCGGCACCGUGGCAAAGGCAGGAGCUGGGCAGAGCACGGAUGCUCCCACAAAUCCCUCAUAGGGGCUGCCUCAACCCCAUGCAGGGAUUCGCCCCAAGGCCACCGGGAACGUCACCGGGGCACAGUUUCGGCACAAAACCAGAACCGAUGGUUUUUCAGCUCCAGAUGAGAUCGUUUGCACCAGCUGUGCACCAGAGUGUACAGGAAAGCUAGAAAAGGCAUAGAAAUUAGAAACAUUAGAAACUACAACGCCCCUAAAGACAAAAUAAUAAAUAACGUCAUUUGUAUUUUGUUAUAUCUCCUUAUUUCCAACCUAACAUCUUGGUUUUAAGCAGGGUGAGGGAAGGUUUGCCUCUGAUUGUGGAGAUCAGGGUCUGGCACAGUGAUAUAAAAAUGGAAUCGUGCUGUAGCAUCUUGGAUAAGGGAGCUGACGAUUAUAAUUGACAUCCUGGAUUUGGAAGAUCUUGCAACACUGGAAAAAUUAAAAGCUAGUUCAAACAAUUGAUCCCUACGUGCGUGCUGGGACGUGCCGUAGCAGGCAUUCCUCUACUUACUCAUAUUUAGGAUGGGCAGGAGGCACCACAGCAACAUGGGUGAUUUUUCUGGGCUAUGCUGGUAAGUUUGAGGUUUUCCUUUUAAUAUUAAUCAGUAUAUAAAAAAAAAAAAAAGCUUGAUGAGCAUCGUUGUUCUUGUUCUGCCACAGUGGUGCUGUGUGUGGUUGAGUCAUUUCAUAGAAGUAAAAUCUACUGCGAUCUACCAGGAACUGUAAGUGCCAGUAACUUGGAAAGUCAUUUUUAAGGUUAAAAAAAAAGAGAAAUGCUUUUUAACGGAAAACAUUAAUUUUAUGACUUCUACAUAUAAAAAAAAGCUUUUAUCUCCAAGCGUUUCCCUAAACUAUUUAAACACUUCACCUUCUCUUUCCCAGUCUCCUGUUCUAUGAAAGAUUUGCAUGUUCCCGUAAGACGUUUGUAAAAAUCAAGGUUUGCUUGUGUUCUUAGAGGAUAAUUGCCAGUAAAAAAAAACAAAACAGACUGUAAGUGUGCUUUUUACCUAUAAUACUAACAUUAAGUAUUAAAUUUGAAGCAUGUUAAAGUUUACUUAACGACACUCACGAUUACUCCCUCCAGCGAGCUCAUGUGUUGGUAUGUUUGCACUGUCCCCUUGCUUCUAGGAUGCUUGCCUUGGCACCCGAGGAUGCUGUAGGAAUAGCCGCAUAGCCUACGUAAGCCAAAGAACAACCAAAAAUACUUAAAUAAAUGUGCUUAGGACUAUGUUAUGAGAAUUCCGCACAUCUUCCGUUUUCUUUAAACACGCUCAUGUAAAACAGCGCAAAGGCCUGGGGGAGCCAAGAGCUUUACCAGCUACUGGAGAGCAGAGGGAGGUCUGCAGGAGGCAAGGGUCACGCUGGGGCUCCAGGACUCAUUUAGCCCAAUUUAGGCUUGAGAUAAUGCCACAGUUGCGGGUCGUGAGCUGAAGGAUGAAGGCACUGGGGUUGAGCUGCAGUUCGGGCAGCUGUGCAGCCUGGUUACUGGGGAGUGACUUGGCUUGGUUGUUGAAAAAUAUGUAAUUUUUUUGCUUAGCUAAUAGUCAUCUGGUUUUUGCAGCGAAGAAAGUAGCACGGCACCGCACACGGCGGGGCGAACACGAGAGCCGGGGGGAGAGGAGGGCAGGGGGGCUCGGGGCCGGGACCCCAGGAAACACCUUGAACUUCACGAGCGAAAUUUUUGCUCCUUUUUCACCCCGUGUUACACAUCCGUACGUGACCUCGUUUCCCAACCCGAGCUGUGCAGAAGAGUGCGUGACGUGCUGUGACAGCUUGCAUAUGCGUUGUUAUAUUUAAAGAGAUCUUCGCUCUUUUCUCCCCUUCCCCGCGAGCCUGGCUGCGCCGCAGGGUACUGCCCCAAGGGCAGCCGCUGCUCCGGCACGCUGGGUGGAAACCGCUGAGCGGGGCAGGGGCUGAGAGAGGAAAGAUGCUCCGAUUAACCAGACUGAGGGGAAAUCGGGAGAAAGGUAGACUGUACUUGUGCGGGUCGGUGCGCGUUUCUGCUUUGUUUCCACUGUCUUUGAAAUAACGGAGAGAAAAAGUGGUACCUGCUACCCCUUCCUCCUGGGAUGCAGUGACAAGAGUAGGGAUGGGGAUGGGGUUUGGCUCCCGUUGCAGGGCCGUGGUGCUUCGUAACCCCCGAUCGGUGAUGUCCUGACCUGUUGGCCAAAACCCUGGCCUCGCAGGGGCCCGUCAGGUUUCCCUGGUGCUUGUGAAGUGCUUUGAGGGGGGAGGAAAGCCGCUGGCAUUGAUCCUUUCAUUCACCUACUCUUUUUAAAGGCCUGUAACGUUCCCAAACACUCCUAAUUCUCCCCAAUUAAUCUCUGCCCUUCCACCCCAUCAACUAUUACUAGUUUCCUUCUCCUCCCGAGAGCCAGGUGAAGAUCCCCGUUGUGCCGGCACUGCCAUCCACCCAGCCUCCAGCAUCUUCCCCGUCACCGUGCCGGCCAGCCCCUCGAAGGGGAUUCAUCCCUCCAAAACAGCAUCCCGGUCCACGGGAGCACGGAGGUUCCUGGUGGGUCAUUCUCGGCCAAAGCAGGCUGUGUGGGACGUGGGAUGCUGUGGGAUGCGGGCUGCCGUCGUGGGAUGCUCAGUCUGUGGAUCCCUGCGUGGAGCAUCCUUUUGCUCCUCAGCCCGCUGGCCUCGUGGAGAAGCCCAGAUGAACUGAGAUGGAUGGUAACGUCCGAACGUUUAUUCUUUUUAUGGGGAUACUGUCCCAGGGUCCCUGGACAUGAGGGCCCUGUGGUAUAAGGUGUUGCCCCAAAAUAGCCCCUUCCCUAUAGAGUUAUUAAGUAUUAAUAUUCCUGCAAAGUAAGAAGUAAUAGGGCUUUAUUGAAAGUUGAAGCUAUUUAGGGUGAUUUCGUGGCAAGGCUGAGGCGUAACAUGCGCCAGUGUCAUACAGCUGGGACUGGGGUUUUGCAGCCCAAAAAUCUACUGGACACACACUGGAGGCUCCCUCGCCCCUUCUGGGCUAUUCCCUUCUCUGCUUCCAUCCACCUGCAGCUCGCUGUGGCUGAGACCCUCAGGAGCAAGACAGUUUUUAACCUUUGCCCUGAGCUCAGCCGUGUGCAUUUGUGGCAUCGUUUGCCUCUUUUUUUUUUUUUUUUUUUUUUUUUUUUUGCUGCUUCCCACGUCCUCCGGGCCUCGCCUUUGCCUGGCUCUGACUCGGUCUCCAGCUGCCUGAACCCCUCAGGGGCACAAGAGACGCUAAUUCCCACCAGAGCAGCUCUGCUGGGUUGUGGUAACAGCAUCUGAUGGUUAGAUUUGCUCUUGAUCUACCGUGUCCCAGGUCUGUAACACCCUCUGGCUGUCUCGGGCAGUAAAGGCUGUAUCUGCCCGCAGCCUUUGCUCUUACCUGGGCUGCGUUAGGGGGGAUCUCACAGAAAACAGCUCAACAGCUCAGCAUGGGAAAGGCUGGGCUUGAAAAUAAAGCUGAUGCCCUUUGCUGCUCUCAAGCCAGGAAAGUUUAACAGGGCGUUUGGGGUUAUUAAAGCGAAGCUCCUCUUCCCGCGUCGCAGCCAGCAAGGCAGCGUCCCAGCCCGUCACCCACCUGGGCUCGCUUUGGGCUUGCACUGGAAGGUGCUACAUGGGGAAAAAAAAGCCUUCUUGGUUGCCACCGUAUCAGCAGGUAGACUUUUUUCCACCCUGUACGUCCAGACUUAACUCCCAGUGCUGGUAAGAUCUGUCGCGCUAGUCCUGUAAAGGGGGAAUAACCUUUCUGAGCAAACUGAGCGAUAGCAUCGCUCUUCUGCUUACCCCGUCAGCCCUGCUGCAGUUUGCGAGUUGAUGUUAAAGCCUAAAAGCUUCUCUAUAGGACCGUGCCUAUUCGGGAUCACCUACUCGAGGCCACGGCUAACUAUGCACAGAAUCCACCGAAACGGGAUCGUUUCAUCCCAGCAGAGAGGGAAGACCCCAGCCUUUGGCCUCGGGAAACUGCAGCAAACAACAACCAACUAAAAAAACCAACAAUUUGGGUGCGUGUAAAAUGAACAGUCUGUUCCAGCUGGUUUGCUGCAAGGUGGACCGCACCGGUGUCACCACAUCACCUAAAAACGCCAGCAGCUCCCGGGGGUCUGGCCGAGGGACGGGGAUGCUGCGGGGACACGGGCGCGAUGCGGGGGUGCGGUGCCCUCCCCACAAUUGGAUCCUCCCGGCCCUUGUGAAAUUGUAGCUUGACAGCAGCAGAACUUCUUGACAUGUUUCGAUGUAAGUAUAACACUGUAUUGUAGUUACGUGGUAUAUGCCAAUAUGUUAACAGUGUAUACCGAUUAGUUAGGGUUUGCUAAUGUACUACAUUUCAAUAAAAAGCAAUUUAAAAAUA